UGAACGUCGGCAAUCAAAAUAGAAAGAAAAUCGCAAGUAAAAACGGCAAGCGGCGUACGAAACGCAAACAACUUUUAAUGCUCGUGCAUUGUUUUCUGCUAUGUCCAAGCGCAACAAUAUUACCUACGUAAAGCCACAGGAACCCAGUUUUUUGGCCAAACUUAAAGCGGAAAUUGGCUACAAAGAAGGGCCAAACAUCGACACAAAGCGACAGAGACUCGACGAGGACGACAACGACGACGACGACUACAAUUCUUGUGAAGAGCGACCGGAACGCGAGGACGAGAAGCCGCAAAUUGUGGUGCUAUCGCGUGGGGAUCUCACGGCGGACGAGGUGGCCCUCGAGCAGCAGCGUAUAGCAAAAGAGGAAGCUGAAAAGCCCGCGGAUUUAAACCAACCAAUUGUAUUCAAGAAACGCGUUAAGCAGACCAAACUUGAGAUUGAAGCUUCAACGUCAGAUAAUAAAUCCAACUCGAAGUCCAAGAAAUCUGAUAAAAGCAAAAAGUCCAAGGCCAGCAGCAGCUCCAGCAAAUUGUCAUUCAACGAGGACGAAGAAGACGCCGAAGCAGGCGAGGAUUAA